AUGGCUCAAGCAACAAGUCCGUCACUGUCCCUGCAAGAUGGUGGACCACCACAUGACCAUCGUGCUGCCAAUCGCAUGAAAUCUGACAGCGACGUUCCUAUAGAUCCAUCCAUCGCCCAACAGACCAGUCCUGCCUAUCCACCGCCUUAUUCGCCCUACAACGCGCAAGGCCCGCACGAGAUGCCGCACUACCCGAACCAGCCUCCUCCGGGGAUGUAUCGACCCAACCCUCCCGACUGGCCACCUCAGUAUGGUCACUCUCACGGCAUGCCAGGACAGUACAGUGCUGGUCCGAAUGUGAAUUCUGCAUCACCCGCCACUGCAGGCUCACGUUCAGGACAGGUGUACUCUUUUGUUCCUAUCCCGGGCGCCCAGCAGCACAAGCGGCCGCGUCGUCGAUAUGAGGAAAUUGAGAGAAUGUACAAGUGUGGCUGGAAUGGCUGCGAGAAGGCCUAUGGCACAUUGAAUCAUUUGAAUGCACAUGUGACCAUGCAAUCCCACGGCAUCAAGAGAACUCCUGAAGAAUUCAAGGAGAUCCGCAAAGAAUGGAAAGCUCGCAAGAAGGAGGAAGAGACGCAGCGCAAGCAGGAAGAAGAGCGAAAUCGUGCUCAAGCUGCCGCCACCCAAGUCGAUGGUCAGCCUGAUCAACCCCAAGCGGGCCAAGGGCCAACCUACCAGCCAGGUUCACGCCCUCAGCUGCCACCCAUUGGCUACCAGUCUGCUCAAGCUGGUGAGGUCCCCAGUCCAUACCCCGCGCAACAAGGUGGCAUGGUCUACCAGCAAGGUAAUGGUCAAAUCGGCCAGUACGGCCAGUACCCUCCUCCCCAAUCACCCUACGGCCAACAGGGGCAGGUCUACCAGCAGCACAAUGCCAACUACCAGAAUUAA